UUUCUCUUGCCUUGCGCUUUGAGACCAAUCUUAUGCAGCUUAUCUGCAGGUGAUACAUACCACGUUCGCAGCCUUGUGUGCUUGGGCCGAGGAGCAUAUACUUACGUAGCAAUAACCUUACUACUAAGUCAUCUUUGUCCCAGCCUUGUAUCGACGACUAUCGUGUAUCCCUUCUCUUCCGCCGCAGCUAUCGAGACCGGCCUGUGCCAUCUAUUGCGAUGAAGGAUGCAAAACAACGAAAGAAGGCAGAGGACGAGGAGGCGAAGAACUGGAGUAGGCGAUUCGCCAGGAACCUACCGAAAGAGAUCGCGGACCAGCCGAUCGGCAAGGCCAUGGCACUGGAUGAGCAGCAGAAACAAGAAGAUGAAGAGAAGGAGAUUUUGGGGCAAUUUGAGGCUCUUUACGAUCCUGCGAAAGCGUCUUCGAAUAUCUCGAGGGAACUGCAGGACGCAACGCGUGAUAUGGUUGAAGCUUGGAAAGAGCUCAAGAACAUCGAGUUUACGGAGAAACGGCAUGCUUUCCAGAUUUUCUCGAGAGAUAACCCCGAUCAACAGAAUGAGAGCGCUGAAGUAGGAACUAUCAAAGCCCGGUAUAUGAAGUUGUGCGAGACGUUGAACAACUACUCGGGGCUGUUCAAAUUCGUGCCUUCUGGUGAUAAGUAUAUAUCUCUCCUGACGGGCACAAUCGAAACCAUCGUUCAGGCAACGGUGAACCACACCAAGAUUGGACAGGGAUUCGCCGACGCUAUAGACCGCAUAGGCAGAGAGUUAGAGUAUUGCUCCCGAUCACUAUCUGCUGUUCGAAAUAGAGAUGAGAGCCAUCGAGAUCGAGUGCGUACCAAGGUGAUGGGAGUGUUCACUCUAUGUUUCAAAUUCCUCGCGCCAUACGCUCGUUGGUGCAAAUCCCGAUUCGAGAGAUUCAAAGACUCGUUGAAUAAGAAUUAUUACGAAGACAAGGUCGAAGGCCCACUGCAGGCGCUGCUCGCGAGGUCGAACGAGCUAGAACGGGAAAAUCAAAUGCAGAGCAGAGAAGAUGUCAUCGAGCUGCACGGCAAGUUCGACGACCACACUGAGUGGAUGAAGGACUUCAGCAAGAAGUUAGAGGACCGCGAGGAGAAGCGGGCUUCUGCCAUUGUGGCUGGGUUGGCAUCUGUGCGAAUUGAGUUUAGCAAAGCCCUACAAGAGCUUGGGGAGAAGGCAAACGGUCAAAACGAGCUAGCUGCGAAGAAGUACUUGCAAGAGCAAGCGGAGGAGCAGAGGCGGAAGAAGGCGAACUUCCACUGGCGGAAAGCAUUGCAGGGCAUCGAGACCGGAGCGAUCCCUCCGCCAGCCAAUUCCGGAACUAGAAGGCUUCGCAACUGGGACGACAUUGAAGCAGCGUCCCACUUUCUCGAAACCGUGGCAGAUACGGGCUAUCCCAUUGAUCUCAGAGAACUCCAGGAUUUCAAGAUUGCGCCACGUGCGUUCCAUCCACUUGAGCACUGGAUGACAACCCAGGAGAGCGAAUGGCUUUGGAUGCGAGGGACAUUAACCCACAGCGAACUCAGUGAAGUUUCUACAGCCGCUUACUACACGGUCAUUGUCAGCGAGCGGCUGAAACUGCCACUCGUGUCUUAUCGAUUUAGGGCGGAUGAGUACGGUUUGGCGGAGAGUGUAGAUUCAGCUCUUGAAGGACGAUCGGUAGAGAUGGAUCGAUUUGUCUUGAUGGCGUAUUCGAUCAUCCGCCAGCUGGUUUGGCUGCUUCCGAAGGAAGUCGAGACGGACGUAGAUCUGAGUUCGGCGAGGUUCCAACGGUUGGACGGAAGCACGGAGAGCUUGCUGGACGCGUUUAAUUUGAUCGAGGCGCUCCUGAGUUUUAUGCCCCAGAUCUUGAUCGUUGUCCUAGAUGGGUUCCAGUUCGUCGAUAAUGAUAGUGGAGUCUACGGUGAUAGUACUCACGGCUACCUCGAGCUGUUCUUGGAGAUCUUGAGGCAGGCCGGGACCAGUCGGACACUGAAGGUGCUCAUCACGAGUGAUGGUCGGUGCAGGACACUACUUGAGGAGGACGUUAUCCACCUGGAUGAGCAGGUCGAAGUGGGCCAGAGCGGGGACGGAGAAGAGCAAAUUCCAGAGCUCUUUGAUUCCUGGGUCGAAGACUUGAUUGAUGAAGGAAUUUCGAUAACCGAACCGUGAAGACAUGGCAACGUUUGAGACGGAAGAUUGGAGAUGGUCAAAUGACUGGCUCUAGGGAACGAUGCUGCAAUGUUGCUUCCAGUUGUUGCCAGGACGGUUCCUGUAUGCUAUUCCGGACCGUGUAUGAACAGUGUUGCACUGGAACCAAGUUGGUUCUUACGUGAAGCCCACAGUUGAAUACCGGAUAUAGGGAGUCCGGGGCCGCACCUCUCAAUGAAAUCCGUGUGAGUAGGGAGGAUCAUUUUCCAACCUUCCCCCGACCGGGGAACAUGAUUGCCGGAAUCCGUGGCAGAUAAGGCAGCAAUGUGAAAUUCCGUCAUCCAU